AUGCAGAGUGGUGUUGUGAAGGUGCCUGAGAAAAAGGAAGAACAUCCGAGAAAGAGAUCUGAAGCAAAGGAGAAGAAGAAACCCAUGGCUUCUGGAAAGCCUGGCAGUCAGGAAACCCCAAGUCAAGAAGAAAGCGACAAAGGAAAUAAAAGAAAUAAGUUCCGUCGCUUUGGAAAAGCCUUUACUAGUCCAUUAAUUCUCAGGCCACGUUGGAGAGCACCUAGCGGCGAAGAAAGUUCAGAGCAUGAAAAGAGCUUCAGUCAGACCAAAAAUCUUACUUCCCCUCAGAAGGGCUACAAAGAGGAAAGACCAUAUGAGUGCUUCGUUUGUGAGAAGAGGUUUGUUCAGAGCGCUCAUCUUGCUACCCACCAGAGAGUCCACACAGGAGAAAAACCGUAUAAAUGCAAAGAAUGUGGAAAGAAGUUCACAGAAGGCAAAAGCCUCGUCGCCCAUCGGAGAAUCCACACUGGGGAGAAGCCCUUCAAAUGCUCUGUCUGUGGAAAGAGCUUCAGAGUUAGUAUCACCCUGACGUACCACCAAAGGAUCCACACGGGAGAGAAACCGUACGAAUGCACAACCUGUGGGAAGAUUUUCAGAGUCAGCUCCAGCCUUCGCUCGCAUCAAAGGAUCCACACAGGGGAGAAGCCAUAUAAAUGCUCAGAGUGCGGCAAGAGCUUCAUUCAGAGCGCGCACCUCGUUUCUCAUCAGAGAACCCACACUGGGGAGAAACCGUAUCGAUGCACUCAGUGUGGAAAGACCUUCAACCAGACCGCAAACCUUAUUAGACAUCAACGAACCCAUGCUGGAUAGAAGUCAUGUAAAUGCUCAGAGUCUGCAUCAGUGGCCACACAGAACUUCACCUCGGUACCUA